AUGCCGGCUUUCGGGCCUAAUCGACAGCUAUCGCGUCCUACCUUGAAGGUACCCUUGGUACAACUCAAACCCUUUAUCACACCUCUUGAGACAGCUCUUUCUCGGUCAGCUCUUGUGCCACACUUUCUCUACACUCAGUCUUCGCGAUAUUGCUCAGGUUUCAAUUCGCAGCAACUUGCCGUGCCUCUUAUUAUCAUGGAACCCGAGCUGCAAGGGCCGCCGAAAGAUGACACCUGCGGCGAACCUGAUGAGCUAGCUUUACGAAUCAAAUGGGGUCCCUCCACCUAUCCAGUCGAGCUUACUCCCGAAAGUACCAUUGCCGAUCUCAAGCAAUUGCUUUUUCAGCUAACCGAUGUCCUACCGAUGCGUCAGAAGGUCCUUGGCCUUCCAAAGGUAUCAGGUCGCCCCCCAGCUGACGACCUACCGCUGGCGUCCUUAUCUCUCCGCCAAGAGCAGAAGCUUCUGCUCAUAGGGUCACGAGAGGCUGACAUUUCUGGCGUCAACCUAGGGCAACACGAAUCCAUGUUUGUCGUCAACGACUUGGACGUUGAAUACGAUGCCGAUGACAUGAAGACAGACCCAGCCACUCUGCGUAUGAAGCCAGCUCACCUCCGUCGCCUGGAGAGAAGGGUUACAUCCACAGAGUUCAGAAUCAUCAAUCCGCCUCGUCAGGGCAAGAAGCUUCUCGUUUUGGACCUGGACUAUACGCUAUUCGAUUGCCGCAGUGCUGCAGAUAACUUCAAUGACUUAGCCAGACCAGGCUUGCAUCCUUUCUUGGCAUCAGUUUAUCGGUUUUACGAUAUAGUUGUGUGGUCUCAGACCUCUUGGCGCUGGCUGGAGGCCAAGCUGACCGAGCUGUCCAUGCUCUCCUCCGAGCAUUACAAACUGUCCUUCGUCCUGGACCGUACUUCUAUGUUUGAAAUUCAAUCAUGGCGAGGUGACCAGCAAGUCUCGCAUGAGGUCAAAGCCUUGGAGAUUAUUUGGCGUAAGUUUCCCGAGCGCUGGACACCGGCCAACACUGUUCACAUUGACGACCUGUCCAAGAAUUUUGCUUUGAAUCCACAAUCCGGUCUAAAAAUCUCGGCCUUCAAAAAUGCUCCAGUGACGAGACACAAUGACCGCGAAUUGUUUCAACUAGAGAAAUAUCUCACACGCAUUGCAGAGAGGGAAACGGACUUUACAAAGCUGAAACAUAAACAGUGGAAGCGCUAUUGCGAUUUGUACAAUACGAGCACGGCCUCGAAGAACCAAUAG